CCCAGCCCCCUGAAACCACACAGACGAGCUAGAUUGAUUGAUCGGAGAAUAUAGAAACCCUAGCUCUGCUAUCGAGGCACCUCCAUUUUAACGGUGUCGUUAGCUCAUAAGCUAUUAAAAAUGCAGAGCUUGUUCCCUGGUUCAAGAGUACUAUGACUGUUGCUUCUUAUUUAUAUAAAGCUCUAGAAUUGUGGUGGAACGCAAUGCAGUUGUAGCCCAGAUAAUAGGCAUAUCACCACCUGGAUCAAUGAGGAAUGAAAAUAUGACAAUUGGAUUUUCUAAUCUUAAAGAGCCCACUAUGCGAAUCACAAGAUCACGGGCAAAAGCCUUGGGUUCAUCAGGAGGAUUACCGCCUCGACACCCGUCUGUCAGACAGGAUAACAAACAGGGACUGGGAGCACAGGGAACUAAGUACAAAAGAUCUGCCUCGGAUGAGAAUAAUCCAGUUACUACUUCUAGUACAGCCUGUCAACAGCCUAAGCGAAGGGCUGUUCUCAGGGAUGUCACCAAUGUGCUUUGUGACAAUUCAUACAUGAAUUGCAUCAAUAGAAGCAAAUUUCAGGUUAAGAAAUUCUCUGAUAAGAGGAAUUCAAAGGUGACACCUGCUAUUUUGGUAAAAAGACUGCAUCAUGAAGAUAGAAAAGAGAACACGAUUGAAGAAGCAAAAGAAGUAAAGAUCGAGAAAUCACAAGAACACUGUUCACAAGCACGCUUCAAGGACCAUACAUUAACUCACCCAAGUAAAUAUAUCACUCCAGCACAGUGUGGUUUUGUUGAUCUUAUGCCUGUGAAUAGGAGUUUACCUACAGGCAUUGCAGUCCCGAAUACAACAGAAAAAGAUGAAACCAAGGUUUGCCAGAAACAAGAAGGCUCCUAUUCUCUUGUUAUAGCAGAUAUAGAUUCAAAGCACAAGGAUCCACUAAUGUGUAGUCUAUAUGCUCCUGAUAUAUAUAGCAAUUUGCAUGCCAUGGAGCUUGACCGACGGCCUUCAUUUAAUUACAUGGAAAAGCUGCAGCGGGACGUUAACAAGGGUAUGCGAGGUAUUCUAAUUGAUUGGCUUGUGGAGGUUUCUGAAGAAUAUAGGCUGGUUCCAGACACACUUUACCUGACUGUACAUCUCAUUGAUAGGUUCCUCUCUGAGAAUUACAUUGAAAAACAAAAGCUGCAGCUGCUCGGAGUUACCUGCAUGCUAAUUGCUUCCAAAUAUGAAGAAAUUUGUGCCCCUCGUGUGGAAGAAUUUUGCUUUAUUACAGACAACACUUGCUCAAAAGAAGAGGUAGUAAGAAUGGAAAGUCUAGUACUGAAUUUUUUGGGCUUUCAACUUGCUGCUCCGACCACUAAAAAGUUCCUGAGGAGAUUUGUUCAAGCAGCACAAGCUUCAUAUGAGGUUCCCUCUGUUGAACUGGAAUUCAUGGCAAACUAUUUAGCAGAGCUAACACUUGUUGACUAUAGUUUUCUUAAGUUUCUUCCGUCUAUUACUGCUGCAUCGGCUGUAUUUCUAGCCAAAUGGACACUUGAUCAAUCUAACCACCCAUGGAAUCCAACUUUGGAGCACUACACUAGGUAUACAGCGCUAGAGCUGAAAACCACAGUUCUUUUGCUGCAAGAUUUACAGCUGAACACCAGCGGAAGCACCCUAAAUGCCAUUCGGGAAAAGUAUAGACAACCAAAGUUCAAGUCCGUGGCAACUUUAUCGUCUCGGGAACCAGUCCAAUCACUGUUCUAAGCAAUGCUGAAAUUAACUCCAGUUGGCCAGUUCAAGUUUAGCACAUCCAUUGUUGCUUUCUCAUGCGAAAAGACAUUAAUCUUUAACAUACAAUAAACUAUCAUUCCUGGAACUCAUUCUUCUGUUCAUUCCUCCGUCAACUUUCAACCAGUAUGUAUCGUCCUACCAUGUUCGUGCACUAGCAGACUGCAGGUGCUGCAGAAACAUGGAGACUUCAAUGAAGUGAAGGCAGUAAGUUAAAAGAAAUGGCAAUGUAAGAAGUAACUUAACAGCAUUUCAGGUAGCUACUUGCUAUCAUGUAUUUGGAGCUGUUUGAAAGCUCUUGUUGUUAAAUGGUUCCAACUAUGACAUUUCUAUUCUUUCGGCUAAAUAAAUCCGUUUUCGUACUA